AUAUAUUGUUAAUAAUAUAAUAAAAAUAAAUAAAAUUAUUUUAUAUAAAUUAAAUAAAAAUAUUUAAAUAAUAUACGAUUUAUAUAAUUUUAUAUAAUUCAAUAAAUUCGAGCUCAAAAAAUUUUAAAAUGUUAAACAUAAAAAAAAAUAACAAAAUGUACUUGUUAAUCCUUUUAAUUUUAUUAAUUAAUAAUAUUUCCGGUUAUAUACCAGACGAUCAGAUAAAAGGAGUAUAUUGUGGUAAAGUAUUAACAAGAGCUAUUGAAGAAAUAUGUCCGAACGGUAUCAAUGGACCCAAACUCAGUCAGCGGAGAAAAAGAGUUUUUUCUACUGAAUCAAAUAAGGAAUUGUCUGCAUUUGAUACAGACGACCAAAAUAAUGAUUACGAAGUAAUACAAUGGCCAUCUGGAUUAUAUAAAACCGACGGGUAUUAUACAACAAGAUAUCGCAGAUCACUUCUUAUCAAUAUUGUACAAGAAUGCUGUAAAAAUCCAUGUUCUGUCGCCACCCUUAGACAAUACUGUAAUUAAAUGAAACAACGAAAAUAGUCAAAAGAAAUACAUAUUAAAAUUGAAUAAUGAUUUUUAAAAUUUGCGAUCAAAAAUUCAAUAAAAAAUAUCUCAAAAUGAAAAGAGCUAAUAAAAUUUGUUUGAUGUCAUAAUCUCA